AUGUUCUUCUUCUUCUGGUGUCCACCACAGACCACAGACCCGACGCCCACAGACCCGAUGCCCACAGACCCGACGAUGCCCACAGACCCGACGCCCACAGACCCGACGCCCACAGACCCACAGACCACAGACCCGAUACGACCCCCACAGACCACAGACCCGACCACGACCCGACGCCCACAGACCCGACCACGACCACAGACCCGACGCCCACAGACCCGACCACAGACACGCACAGACCCGACGCCCACACCCGACCGACGCCACAGACCACAGACCACAGACCCGACGCCCACAGACCCGACCACAGACCCGACGACGCCCACAGACCACAGACCCGACGCCCACAGACCCGACGCCCACGACCACAGACCCGACGCCCACAGACCCACGACCACAGACCCGACGCCCACAGACCACAACCCGACGCCCACGCCCACAGACGCCACAGACCCGCCCACAGACCCGAUGCCCACAGACCCGACGCCCACAGACCCGACGCCCACAGACCGACGCCCACAGACCCGACGCCCACAGACCACAGACCCGACGCCCACAGACCCGACGCCCACAGACCACAGCCCACAGACCCGAGCAGCCGCAUGGACAGUAGAGGAGAAUGAAGCUCACUCAGACUCCAUGUCUCCAGUCUCCCCUGGAAUCUGGGAGAAGUUCUCCUGA